AUAUUGAGGGGAUAUAUCCCCCAUCCCCCCGGGAUCUACGCCUAUGGUCUCAACUGAUGUUUGUAACAGUCCAAGAACAUCACAGAUUCAAUGUAAACUUUAUCAUUAAGAUUUUAGAUAAAAUUUGAGCUGAAAAAAAUCACCACAUCUAGCUACGUUUAGACUUAGAACAUGCUGUAGGCUGCUUCAGUCACAGUCUGUUGUUACAGGGAUUUCGGUCCCAAUCGAAUUAUUUCUCCCCUCUGAUCCUAACGUACAUAGUAAAUUUAGGGUGCUCUCCUGGUCAAAUUCCUUAACAAGUGAUGGCCGAAAUACAGCAAUAGAGUUAUCGAAUAGCUUUCUUUCUGUAACUGAAUAUAUAUUCUAUAACUAUUUCAUGAAGGACUAUAAAACAUAGUUAAGCGAUCUUUAAUUGAUUGAUGACUGGUAUUCACGUACACUUUAUAAUAACGGACGUUGUAGGCCUAUAUCGUAUAUAAUAGCUAAGUGGUUAAGAUGCUUGCCUUCUUAUCCCAGGGUGUUUCUGUAGUAAUGGAGAUCUGCGAUUAGAAUGCAAACCUCUUAACCCCUAGCUAUUACAUUCCACUUAUGAACAAUUGUAAAGCAGGCAUAACUCCUUUAUUUACAUGGGAAUACUUGAAGGAAAUAAAUACCGGUACAUAACCAAGGGUCUUUGUUUUAUAAACACCCAAUCUAAGUGUCUACAGAGUGAAGACAAAGAUCCCAAAAACGAAAACCGUAAAAAUAACUCAUUAACAUUGUAAAUCACCGCUACAAUGAGGGAGAUAGGUUUCGCUUCGUGCCUGGUAGAAGUUAUUAUUCUACUUAGAAUGUAUUAAGUAUAUUGAAUUGAUUUUUUCUAAACUUUCUCAGAAACGUGUAAGUUACGAUCUAUACAACCACAGUUAUAGAAGUAUCAGUUUCGUUUGUUCGUUAGACCAGGAUUGCUACACAAUAUACAUAUUAACCUACAGUAUAUAAGUAGGUAUGUUUGCAUUUCAAUCCAUAACGUCCAUGGAUAAUACUUACUGUACAUGGUUCAACUAAAUGCUGGCCAAGUUUGCAUGACGAUAAGUGGAUAUACCCAAUACAAUUGUUUGCACUUUAACCUCUGCAUAACAAUUGUGGUAGUUUAACACAUUGUGUGUGUUUUCUUUACUUCGAGUGAUAACAGCUUUGUGUAGUGCUGGUCUGAAAAUAUCUAUUUCAAAUGGUGUAUGCAUUAGUGACGAAAACUACGAUUUAAAUUUAGCCAUCAAAUGCAAAUUUGCGUCUGACCAUCGACCUGACCAUGGAUAAUAAUAUUAUCAUUGUACAUGGUACAAUUGACACAAAUGCUGAAAAAAUGGUGUUAAAACAAAUCUUUUUGAUUACACGUUGUAUUGACAUAACGCGUCAACUCCAACUUGCGUGACGAAGAGUGGAUUACAUCCAAUACAAUUUUUUGCACUUUCACCUAUAACAUUGUGGCAAGUGAUAUUUGUUGUCUUUGUUGUCAGUGGUAGCGCUGUCACAUAAGAAUCUGAAGCGGAGAAUACUUGUCUUUGUUAUGAUAAUUUAUGAUCCUACUUCUAUAACAGAUUUGUGUAGUACUGGGCUGAAAAUAGGAAUUUUGAUGUGUGUAUACGUUAGUGGCGAAAACUACGAUUCAAAGUUAGCCGCCAAAUACACAUUUUCGCCUAACUAUCGCCUAAGAAGUCUACUACAGAACCAGUGUAUAACGAUGAGGAUGAAGACCUGUGAUAUAGUGACCUAUUCAUUUCAAUACUGCAACAGAUGAGGGUGAUUUUUACGUAGACUUAAGCGGCAUAUAUAAAUCCAAUGAAAUAUUUGGAAACAGAGUUCGAUAGAAAUAGCAAGUUAUUAUUGAGAAGAUGAAUACAAAAGCAGCAAGCUAUCUGCGGGGCUUCUACUCAUUUGAACGUAGUUUCAAUUUGCGUGUACUGGUGGACGAUAAAGAGAUCAAAACAGCCUAUGAAGAAGCAAAGAUUAAAGGGAGACUUCCUUUUAACAGGUCUAAAAUCCUCAUUUUAGGAGAUCACGCUGCAGGAAAAACAUCCACAUGCAGACGAUUGCAAGGAAAAGAUUUUCGAAAGGAUGAAUCUAGCACCGAAGGAAUCGAAACAAAUACUGUCAAAGCAAAAGUUAGUGAUGUUAAUAGUAAGUGGUGCGAAGUAUCAAACACACCACUGGAAGAUUAUGAAAGUUCAGCAGCAUGGUGGGCAGUAUCGCACGUGCGCAAGACAACCAAGAGUGGAAUGUCUAAAACUGACGAGAAACAUUGGACCAUCGUUGAAGAUGUAAUUUAUCAGGGAUUCCAGCUUUUACCAAUCCUCUUUAUUUUUAUGAUCAGAGGUUUGACCUUUGGCUUUGGGGUAGUUGCAUGGGUCUACAUUAUUAGUUUGAUGUCAUUAUUUGACGUUCACACUGCGUACCGUUUUGGUUCCGGAUACGCUAUAGCAAUGGUGAUUGUUGAUGGCGCUACGUACUUAACCGAUUUUGACCAAGAUUUACAAGGUAUCAAACUGGAUGAGUUGGUAAAUAUUAUUAUAACAAUGAUGUUGUAUGGAGUCUUUAGUAUUAUAACUGGUUUUAUGAUUGGCGGUGGUGGUCGGACCGGUGUAUGUGUAGCACUUUGCUUUAUGGUUCAUCCACUACAAGAAGAAUUACCAUACAAAAACUUAACAACUGAGAGGUUCAUUAAGAUAGUACAAAAUGCAUCUUUAGAAGUGUGGCUUUCCGUGAUAGGAUUUUUUUCAGUUGUAAUAUUCAGGUAUGUUCACUUUAAAUAUUUGCAGUUGAGCUGGAUGAAUCGUGUAUUUGUAACAUUAAUUGUUAUUUUCAAAGUAGCUCUUGGAAUGCUAUACAUGGAAGCGUAUUCCUUACGGUUACUCAUGUAUUUUAUUACCGUAGUGAGUAUCAUAUUGAUGUGUGCAGGUAAUUUGAUUGGAAGGAAAUGUUCUGCAUAUUGGUACAUACCUGAAAGCUAUAUUAUCAAGAAAACAAUCGGUUUUAUUUUCGGAAUAUGCAUGGCAAGAAUUGUAGGAUGGGAAUUCAUAGACUUAGGAGUUCUAAAUUUAGCCGACCAUCAACAGACAUCCAUCCAACCUCAUUUGUUCUCUGCAUUGCUAUUUAUCGUCCCAUUAAUAUUAUUCAUUGUGUAUGAAUGUUCAGCUUACCUGAAAGUCAGGCAUACUCUUUCUGUACCGCUAAAGCAUAUCUGCCAAUCCAUGAAGGCAAAUAUUCGUGAAGAAUCAUAUUUGGAUGCUAGACUCAGCUUAUGGGACUUUGCCGGACAAGAUAUGUACUAUAAUACACAUCAUCUGUUUAUGCCAAAGCAGGGUGUAUAUCUGGUUGUUUUUAAUGCCGUUGAAGCGGUUAUAAAUCCUGCAAAACAACUCAAACGACUACAUUUCUGGUUGCAAUCAAUUGCUAUGCACGCAGAAGUUGAGAAUGUGGUAGUCCUGCUUAUAGGAACAAGAAGAGAAAGUGUUCGUGACAUGAAUGCUCUAUCGGAUUUCUCAAGAUUAGCAAAAGCACAUCUUUACAAACGUUUCUCUAAGUUGAUCACGUUUCAUCCAAUUGGAAGUAUUUUCUUUUACGUUGAAAACGCACUGAGCACAGACAAAGAAAUUAACACGAUACGAGAAGUAAUCUACAACGAGAUUAAAAAUAUGACGUAUUUUCAGACUUAUUUUUCAGUAAAAUAUCUUUUAUUCAAUGAAACAUUGAAUAGAUUUCGGCAACAAAUUUCCUUUAUAACGAGGCUGGAUAUCAUUUUUGAGGAAGCAAAAUCCACUUGUAACAUCAUGACAGAGGAUGAAUUGCGUCAGUUCCUAAACUUUUUCGACAGAUCUGGUGAUAUCAUAUACAAAGAAGGAGAUGAAAUGCUUCGAAACUACGUCAUAUGUGAGCCUCAGAGGCUGGUUGAUAUUUUGCAACACUUGGUGAAUGUACCUGAACCUCACAAUAGAAAUCGGGCAGUAGCUGACUACUGGCAGAGACUGCAAGACACAGGAAUCGUUGACAGCCGUUUACUCGAGCAUAUCUGUCGCGAGCAGGGAAUUUGGAGACUGUACCCUUAUGUUAUUCGUUUCUUAGUGGGAACAAAUCUACUUUUCCCUCUUUUUAUAACAGAUGAAAUCGAUCAAGUGGGCAUAUUUUGUCUUUCGUGUCGACUGCCAAAGAUUACAAUGAUGUCAACUAUCUGGAACAGUAAGGACAAGUCGCAAGAUAUAUUUUAUUUUGACUUUGGGGAAAUUCCUACCGAAUUGAUAUUUCUACGUCUUAUUGCUAAAUGUUGUAAAGAGUUUAAUUUCGAUAACAUUUACUAUAAUGCGGCACGAUUCAGGACCAGUAAAUUAUGUUUAUUUGUAAUCAACAUGCAAGUCAUAGUUGGAGCCUGGAAUUCAUACGACCGAAAUCUUAUCAAAGUAUCUAUACUUAAUGAAGACGAAGCCCAAGUAAUAAAUGUCUUACAAAAAAUGAUUACUUUUACUGAGGAGAUAAUUGAUCGAGAUUUUAAUCCAAAAUACUUUAAGGAAAAUUAUAUUUUUGGGCCUGUAUGUGAAAGAUGUAGUUCUUUCGAUGACACAAUGUGUUUGGUGAACAUCAUAACGCAUGGCAACGACGCCAAUAUGUUUGAUUGCUACCGACCAGAUCAUUACCAUAGGGUUUCAUUUGAGCCAAAGGUACGAUUUGACAAAUAUUGCUUUUAUCUAAGUAAUAAUUCGAUUGAUCUUUUUAUUAAUAUAUGUGUAAUCACAGGCCCGUAGCCAGGUCCUUCCAAGGGGGUGAGGGAGGGGGUUUCUGGGCGUGAGGUCCCGGUGGAGUCGGCAAAACCCCCAAAGCAAGAGGAUUUUUAUGCUUUAUGGGUCUAAAUAUAAUGCUAUAAAAGCAGAUAUGUUUGAAAACGUCUGUAUCUGGGUGGGUCUGCAGUGCAUUAGUUGGGUUGGAGGACUUAUUUGGGAAAUAUAAAGAGGGGGGUUCGCCAUAAAAGAAGGGGUAUGCUAGAAAAGGGGGGUUUUUCCGAACCAUAACUCCCUCCCCCCUCCCCCCCCGGAUACGGGCAUGAGUCAUUCUCGUAAUUUGUCAAUUCAUUGUCAGGGUCAGGGUCCUCAGUUCGCCUUGACAUUAUGUGAUGGGUGAAACUUGAAAUUAGCAUAUGAAAUAAAUUAUCUCGGUAAUGGAUAUACUAACGAACUGUAUUUUUGUUUCUUUUACAGCUCAAUUUAACUUGUAGCCGUUAGAUGAGGAAGCAAGUCAGCUAAUGUUUGUAACGGUCACAGAGACAAUGUAAAUUUUCUUAUUAAAAUUCAGUGGCGGAUCUAGGAUUUAGAAAUAAAGGGGGCCAUGGAGGGACUUUGGCAGAUAGUGGGUUUAUAUUACCUCAGCCCCACCAUGGUUGGGGUUUUAAGGUAAGCAAAUUUAUGAUUAUGGCGCCUCUAGAUGGCCGGAAAUAGCACUCUCAAACCUAUAUUUGAAUAUAUAAUUUUUCUCAUUUUUUUUUAAUGAAGGGGGUGGGGCGGUCCGGCUUCCCCCUCCCCAAUUUUGAAUCCGCCACUGAGAUUUUAAAUAAAAUGUUUAUCUUUUUAACUUGAACUGCAAAAAAAAAUCGUCACAUACUACUAGCAACAUUUACCAUUUAGCACCAGGUUAAUUCCUGCUUUAGUCUUGCGCCAAGUGUCACAUGGACUUCCUCCGUCUGUUCCUGUGUUCGUAAAUUCGGGGAACUCUCCAGGUCAAAAUGCUUUAAAAUAGUGAUGUCCGAAAUCUUUGUAAAAUCGUUUGCCCAAGGAAAACGAUCCCUCCAAGGGGCUGAAUUUACUAUGAAUUUAGGUUGAACAGCUCAGGGAGAGGGAUACUUUUCUGGGUUUUCGUGUGACACUGGCGUGAAUACGUCAGGUGUGUAAUAUUAAUAUUAUUAUUACUAUUGUUAUUAAUAUUGUCAUUUUUUGAGGACGAUAAUGAUAAUGACGACAAUAAUGACUCACGUCCAUGAGUACACGAAGAAGUCGAACCUUUCGGAAAAUAAUUUGAUCGCAAUUCAUUGUUCGUUUUUUUUCCCAUUACAUUAAUUAAUACAGUAAUAAAGGCUCAAUCAAAUAACUUGUUGCUUUCUCUAUAAAACCAAAAUAUUCUAUAAAUAUUUCAUAUUAGGACUACAUAGAUAUUAAAUACAUAAUAAUGCGAUUCUUAAUUUGUUUGCUGUAUACUGGUAUUCAUGCACACGGUUGAAUAGCGUUGUAUCGUAUACAUAUUUGAUCAAGGACUUUCGUGUUUUGAUGGAAUAGAUACUCUCUCUAAAUAAUAAAUAUGAAGUCUAAAGAUACAAUCUACGUAUUUUUAUUUCAGUUGUUUUCAAUGAAUAGUAAGCUUUCCAAGUUUCCCACACUACUCCAUCAUUCUCCCAUGAAGUCUCCUACGAGAGAACAGAAAAUAUUUGGAAAAAUAUAACAUCCUUAAUUUGGCGUAAGUUCUGUGCCUACCUUUGUAAAUGACACCCUACUUUAAAGGCAUAUCACUUCGUGAGUAGGCCCCUUUUUAAGCGAGACUGUGAUAAUUGAGGAUAAUAUUAUUAUCUUAUUCCUUACUAUAGGCCUACUAUUACUAUGACUAACUAUGGUCAAUGCUGAAUUCCUUUAAACUACCUUUAAAACCGUUUAAAGGAAAUUUGACAAAUGAACUGGUCUAGUAUACUGGAAAAUUACCUGCGAUUUACUGUGUACUUUGACAUGUUUUGAGACUUUUAUAUAGGCCUAUGCAUAUUAGAAAGCAGAAUUUUUUAGCAAAAUCAGAUUCUUUACAAUUUACUACCAAUCUGAAGCAACAGUAACAAAUUCAAGUGUUAUAAAAAGUGUUGGAUUUUUAACAAGGCAGACGUUCAGUUCAAAUUUGACGCGGAAGUACCAGUUUAAAUCUGACAAAGAUAUUCAACUGCUCAGAAUUGUAAAACUGGCUGAAAGUGUAUUCAAAGCUUGAAUA